AUGAAGAAAUCUUCCGUGACCCUUGGCUUCCUCCUGGUGACCAUCUUCUUGGCCCAUUUCCCAGUUGGCCAGGCUGUCACCUGUGCUGAGGAUCCCACAGAUACCGCCUGUAUUGACUGUACUGAUGCUGCGAAUGCUGACAAUGCCGAGUGUGCCACUACCACCACUGUGGCUCCAGAUACCACCACUGUAGCCGACGAGGCCACCACUGCAGCCAGUGCCGCUGCAGGAACAACAACCACUGCUGCCUCAGUGUCUGCCGACACAGCUACAGCGUCCACUGCAUCCACCGUGUCCAAGAAAAGAGUCAAGAGAACCUAUACCCGGACCAUAAGCCGGCCCAGAAAGGUCAAGAAGACCAGGCGCAUCAUACGGAGGGGCAACAGGAGUAGGAAGACUUCUGUUUAG